AUGGCCUCCGCCACCGACAAAGCCGAGGCGACCGCCCUCAAACAGAAGGGCAACAAAGCAUUUCAGGAGCAUGACUGGCCGACUGCCAUUGACUAUUAUACCAAGGCGAUAGAGAAGAACCCGUCGGACCCGUCGUUCUAUUGCAAUCGAGCUCAGGCGAACAUCAAGCUCGAGGCCUACGGCUAUGCCGUCGCAGACGCCACCAAGGCCAUCGAAUUGGAUAAAGACUACAUCAAGGCGUAUUGGAGGCGGGCGGUCGCUAGCACCGCCAUUCUAAACCCGCAAGAUGCCCUGCGAGAUUUCAAGACUGUGGUCAGAAAAGAGCCGAGCAAUAGGGAAGCGAAGCUCAGACUUGCCGAAUGCGAAAAGCUGGUCAAGAAGAUCAGGUUCCUCAAGGCUAUUGAGGUGGAGGAUGCCCCUUCGGCUUUCAAAGACCUGGACUUGGACUCGAUAGAGGUGGACCAGUCAUACGACGGAGCCCGGUUAAAGGACGAAAUGACUCAGGAGUUCAUCGACGACAUGAUAGAAAGAUUCAAGAACGGCAAGACGAUCCACAAAAAAUAUGCGUUCCAGAUCAUCAAGGCGGUGAGAGAUAUUGUCUAUGAUGAGCCUACCAUGGUGGAGGUGGAGGUUGCUUCAGACACGAAGUUGACCGUCUGCGGAGACACACACGGGCAAUAUUUCGACUUGCUGGAGAUUUUCCGACUCAACGGCUAUCCUACGGACAAGCAUGCAUAUCUCUUCAACGGCGAUUUCGUGGAUCGUGGCUCUUGGUCGACCGAGAUUGCGUUAUUGUUGUACGCUUACAAAUGGCUGCGGCCGUCAUACUUUUUCUUGAAUCGGGGGAAUCACGAGACCGACGACAUGAACCGAGUGUACGGUUUUGAAGGAGAAUGCAAGGCCAAGUACAACGAAAAAAUGUUCAAGUUGUUCUCCGAAUCGUUUUCCGCUCUUCCGUUGGCGACACUUAUUGGCAAGAAAUAUCUUGUUCUCCACGGUGGAUUGUUCUCCGACGACAAAUAUACGCUAGAUGACAUCCGCAAACUUGAUCGACAUAUUCAACGGCAACCGGGUCAGUCUGGAUUGAUGAUGGAGAUGUUGUGGACAGAUCCUCAGCCUCAGGCUGGAAGAGGACCCAGCAAGCGAGGUGUUGGGUUGCAGUUCGGGCCUGACGUGACGAAGAACUUUUGUGAAAACAAUGGCCUGGAAGCUGUGAUCAGAAGUCACGAAGUGAGGAUGGAUGGCUAUGAAGUCGAGCAUGAUGGGAGAUGCAUUACUGUCUUCUCGGCUCCCAAAUACUGCGACACGACGGAGAACAAGGGAGCGUACAUCAACCUUGGGCCUGACCUGAAACUUGAAUACCACCAGUUCGAGGCGGUCCCACACCCGGACAUCAAACCUAUGGUGAGAAACGUGCCCCUGCCUGUAACAUAG